AAACCCGGUCUGAACGUCACGUGAUUCAAACAAACUAAAACAACGUCUUAAGACAUUGUUUGACUCCGUGUAUGCAGUGAACUGGAACUGAAGUAGACGUAAAUCGUCAGUAUAAGUCGUAUAUUAAGAUAUAUACGAAACGCAUAAAUCAUUUAAACUUUUACAGCUUCGGUGCAGGAUCUGGCAUGUGACUGAAUGAAUACUUGUCUGCAAAAGUGUAGCAGAGCUGAUCGAUUCAAAGUAGUGCUGAAAUUGCUAUAAGAGCAGAUCCUUUGACCAUGCGGAGAAGACCGCAGUCUGCAGCUUUGACCCCGGCAUUUGUGAGCAGGGCCGGGAGUGAGAAAACAGUUUCUACAGCUGCAGGACAGUCCCGGUUUCACACAGACCUCUGGCUCUGUUUCACUGUGCAGAACUGGAUAUUGGACUUUGGGAGGCCAAUUGCUAUGAUCAUAAUGCCCCUGGAAUGGUUUCCUCUUAAUAAACCCAGUGUUGGAGAUUAUUUUCAUAUGGCAUAUAAUGUCAUCACACCGUUCUUAUUACUGAAGCUGAUUGAGCGGAGUCCCACAGCCCUUCCUCGCUCUGCUGUUUACCUCUGCAUCAUCACCUUUGUCAUGGGAGCUAGCAUACACCUGGUAGGAGACUCUAUUAACCACCGUCUCAUCCUCAGUGGAUACCAGCUUCACCUUUCUGUCAGAGAAAACCCCAUUAUCAAAGAUCUGAAGCCUGCCUCACUGAUUGAUUCCUUUGAACUUCUUUAUUACUAUGAUGAACACUUAGGGCAUUCCAUGUGGUAUGUCCCUUUCUUCCUCAUCCUCUUCUUGUAUUUCACUGGCUGCUUUACACAAGUUAAAGAUGAGAAGAUGUCUUACUCAGGCUGGCUGCUACUUGGCCCCAGUGCAGUGUACUAUUGGUAUCUGAUUACUGAGGGGCAGAUCUUUGUCCUGUAUGUCUUCACCUUUUUUGCCAUGGUUGCCACUGUGAUGCGCCAGAGGCGGAUGGGCUUCGUGUUAGACAGCAAUGGCCGUUUCCUCUUCUAUAACUUCAUCAUUACUCUGGGAUUAGUUCUGGUCUGGGUCGCAUAUCUGUGGAAUGAUAAAGUUUUGCGCAAAAAGUAUCCCGGAAUCAUCUAUGUUCCAGAGCCUUGGUCCUUCUAUACCUUACACAUCAAAGGCAGUUAAAUACUAAAAGAAAAUCUGAACUAAAUAUCACUGACAUUUCUCCAGUAAUAAAAAAUUAUAUAUAUAUAUAUAUAUAAAUAAUGCUUUCACCAAGUUUAAUGGCACUUUGAGUGAAUUUGCACUCAAAUUCUGGAUAUGGACUUUAGUUCCAGUGUUACUGAAAGGGAUUGCUCAACCAAAAGUGAAAAUUCUGUCAUCAUAUACUCACCCUCAAUUUGUUCCAAACCUGUAUGAAUUUCUUGUUGACCACAAAAGAAGAUAAUUUGAAGAAUGUCGGUAACCAUUGACAGUAGAUAUUGACUUCCACAGUAUAGAGAAAGUGGAAAAAAAAAACUUUGGUUACCAACAUUCUCAAAAUGUCUUUUUAUGUUCAACCGAAGAAAGAAACUUAAACAGGUUUAGGUUGAGUGUGAGUAAAUGAUGAUAGAAUUUUCAUUUUUGGGUGAACUAUCCGCUUUAAGUUGGUUUUAAGUUUGAAUCUUCACAAGGCAAACUAUACAAUGCCAUGAUUGUAAUUUGGUAGGACUGAAUAAUAAAGUAAUAUAUUUAUUGUGGAUUACAGUAAAAAUGUUGCUUUUAUGUCAUUGUUUUUUCUGAAUAAAGUUUGUACUCCAUAUA